AAGAGAGAUGAGGCAAUGAAGACAAUCAUUCCGAAAAAAAGCGAUGAACAGCGUGAAGAACUAGACUGUGACCUUGAAGAUCUGCGUCAAUUUAUCUUCGACGAAAACGAGGCUUUAAAGGCAAAAACAAUUCAAGAAGGGAUUGGCCAUGUCUUUACCUUUCGACCCAACGAGACCAAAGCGGAUCAUUCAACGGCGAAAGGAAAAGGACUCACUGAAGCGAUUGUUGGAAUUGAAGCCAACUUUGUUUUAACAACAAAAAAUGCCAAAGGACAGCAGUAUUACGAAAAGCGUGACCGAGUAACUGUGGAAAUAAAAAAUCAGCAAGGCCUUGACGGCGCGACAGAGGUGCAAGUGAAAGAUAACUACGAUGGAAGCUACAAAGUCAGUUACUUUGCCAAAGAAACUGGAAGAUGCCGGGCCGUAGUCAAAGUGAACGAAAGAGAAGCUCGUGGCAGUACUUUCUCAGUUCAAGUUUCACCCAGACAAUUCACACCCGUGUUAUCUUUUGGACAACAAGGCUCGUCUCUUGGAAGGUUAAGCAAACCCUGGGGAGUGGCAGUGAAUGAACGUAAUGAAAUUGCAGUGACUGACUCGGGUAACUACAGGGUUCAGGUAUUUAGUAGUGAUGGAACUUACUUAAGAUCUUUCAGUAGCAAAGGUAAUAAACAGGGAGAGUUCAACUGUCCUACUGGGAUAGCUUUUGGUAAAAACAAGAACAUUAUAGUGGUGGACAAUGGUAACCACCGUGUUCAAUUGUUCAGUGAGCAGGGUGAGUACCUGAGCCAGUUUGGUGUUAAAGGAACUCUUGAUCACCAGCUGUUUUAUCCUCACGGCUUAUCUAUAGAGAACGACGGAAAUAUAAUUAUUGCUGAUUCAUACAACAAAUUAAUCAAGAUCUUUUCUCCUGAAGGCUAUUAUUUAGGUAAAUUCAGGGGUGAGGGUUCUUUAACCUUUCCCUUUCACUGCAUACAGUAUGAAAAAUAUCUCAUAGUGUCAGACUUUCGUGAACGUUUUAUCAAAGUGUUUGAUAGAAAUGGUAAUUUUUUGUACAAAUUUGGAAAGAAGGGGGAGGGCGAUGGGGAGUUCAUUUACCCUCGUUGUUUGUCAGUUAACAAGGCAGGACACCUGAUGGUCUGUGAAGUAGGUAAUUACAGAGUUCAGGUAUUUGAUCUUAGUGGAAAGUUCAUAACAAAAUCUGGAUCAAAAGGAGACUUUAAAGGAAAAUUUAAUAAUCCCGUCUCUGUUGCAGUACUUAGCGAUGGUCAAGUAGUUGUGUCUGACUUAAGUAACCAUCGCAUUCAGAUAUUUGAAUAGACUCAUCAUUAUACCUUACAAGAUUUAACUUGAUUUUAUGCAACUUUUAAACAUGAAACUACUGUGGACAAGUGAUGUAUAUUCUCAGUAACAAUCUUCUGAAUGGUCAGUGGAACUACAAAACAACCAAUCACAUCACAAAUUUCAGAGAUUGCACAUUAACCUUUCAACUCCCAAGAUCUGAUUGUCAAUU